GAUAUUACUAAAAGUUUAGGAGAGCAAAUGUAUGAUAGACAAAUAUGCAAAAUAAGAAUGAACUCUUUUUUAGUUGUUCGGUAGCACAUCAUACACUGAUUGCACUGAAACAGGAAUUGCUAGACUAUUGAUGGAGAAGAUCAUGUGUCCCCUUUUUUUUAUGUUGUCUAGCAGUGACUUGGGAAUUUGUUUAGUAGUGACAUGCCAAUUUGUUUGACUUUAGAUUUCUUGUUCACAUGGGUACACAUUGGGUACAUCUUGACAAUAUUUUUUCUGGAAUAGUUUCUUUUGAGCAUGGCAAAUUGUGUAGAACAUGAUAUUUAGUACAAUAUGGCAAAUUGGCAACUAGUGUGUAGUGUUUAGCACUGUUUAGUGUUGUUUGUCCUCCUGCAAGAAUUAUAUUCAGUAAUUUGCCAUGGCAUUUGUCCUCCUGUAUUUAGUCUGUAGUGCAAAUUUUGUAAACUUGCCAUGUGAUCAGUACAUACAAACUCUAGCUUUGAAAUGAAUCAUGAAUCAAAUUUUCUCUAGAUUUUGCCAUGAAUCAGAAGUAUAUAUUGUUGAACACUGUUUUGCCAUGGCAAAAAGGAUUUUAUAGCUUUUGGCAUGCCUCUAAUAUAGCUUUUUCCAUGUCACCACUAUAACUUUUGGCAUGACAUGCACAUAUUUUUUUUUACCAUGGCAAAUUUGCUAAUCUGUUUGCCAUGCCUCUAAUAUAGUUUUCGCCAUGUCACCACUACAACUUUGGCCAUGUUCACAUGGAGUAGUAAAAAUAAAAACAAAUUUGAGUUGAUUGUAGAAAUAUGUGUUUGUUUCCCUUUUUUUGACUUUGUAGGAUUGAUGAUGACCACAUUAAGCAUUGCAACUUUUAACAGAUUUGAUUUUGCUUUUGUACUUACUACUGCAAAUCCACCCAGGUAAUUUUGCCAUGUCAAUUAACAUGCAGUAUGUUUGUGCCAUGGCAAAUUUGCAUUCUUUUUCAUUUCAUUUACACGGCAAGUCUUCAAAACAUUUUAGUAUUCCCUCCAUCUCGAAAUAUAUCUACAACCUAGAAAAUUACCUAAAAACUAAUUACUUUUUUUAAACAGAAAGAGUUACUUUCCCACCACCUAAUUUAGGUGUACUGUUUUUUGCGCCAAUAUUUUUUAACCUCCCGCUAAAAGGUCCCAAAUUAGCGUCUUUGUUCCCACCAAAAAAUUAGCUUCCCGCUAAAUACCUUCCUAACAACCCACGAAUAUAUAAUUCUAGACCAAACAACGGCGUCUUCACGGGCGAUUGGAUCUGAGCUCUCGUCUCGGUUCAUCUGUGCUGCCGGCGUCAUGACGGCGUCAACAGAGCGAACCACGUCAGGUGCAUGGCGUCAGAGCACAAUGAUGAAUUUUACGGAGGAUGCUCCUGUAAAGAAAGGCUCUGUUCUCUUAACAAGGAUGGAAAGUAUAACGGCAUACAAAAACCAACGUGGACAACCCAAAUUUGGACAUAUGGGACCUGGAAGAUACACCAGAAACAGAAGAAAAAGUGAAAAAGUUUUCAAAAUUGCGAAAGAGAGAUAUAGAGGCUGGCGAUCAACUCUAAGCUCCACUUACAAGUCAUACAAAACAGAUGCAGCUAGAUUGGCUAAUCUGCCUGAAGAUUUACAACCAGAAGAGUGGGAAUGGAUGAUUGAGUACUUUGGCACUGAUUCAAAAUUUCAGGAAGGCAGCCAAAAGAACGCUGAUAACCGUAAGAAACAGAAGACAAAACAUAUAAUCGGAUCAAAAUCUUACUCACAAGUUAGUUUUGAGAAGAGAAACUUAGAAACUGGAGAAGAGCCAGAUUGUAUUGCUCUAUGGGAACUCACCCAUACAAACAAUGGAACAUGGUCUAACACAGAUUCCCAGAAAGUUUACGACCAAGCACUUGAAGAGGUUAAAAACAAAGAAGCUGAAACUGAAGGUCCACUUUCAAGUGAGCAGAAAAACAAUGUUUUCCAGACCGCUUACAAAGACACUCUCGAAUGCAAGUCAUCGCAGCCUCGUGGGUACGGAUACAUGGCCAAAACUUCAACUGAUUCUGAAAAGUUCCGUAUCCAGAUUGAAGAGCAAGCUCGUGCUACAGCAGCCACCCAGGAGCGAAACUCUCAGCUCAGCCAGCAGGUCAAUGACUUAGAAGAUCAACUACAAGCUGAACGUGCUAACACACAAGAGAGGAUUAACUUGGAGCGUGCUGAGAGAGAACAACUUGAGGAGAGGUUAAAAGAAGAGCGUGCUGAAAGGGAAAGAUUGUUGCAAGAGGAGCGAACAUCAAGACUGGAAUUUGAAAAAACAUGAUGGCAAAGUUUGUAGAAUUGAGCAAACAGAUGGAAACCCAACAGGUUCCUACGAAGAGGGUUGACAAACAAAAUAGUAAUCCAAACUUGCAAAAUAUUCUUUCACAGACAUCUAGUCCUAAUAAGACUCCAGAUUCAAGGCCGACUGCUAUUUCUUCAAAUGCGCUCAUACAAGCUGCAACAAGGCAAUCUCGAAUGUAUAAAGCAAUGGAUCCAAAGAACUAGCUGGACUGGACUCUAGAUCACAGGCAGUUUAGUCUUCGAAGUUAAUUAGGAUGGCUAAAUUACAUUUGAGUUUUAUUUGAUGGAUAUUUUCUAUCAGAAGUAUGAAUUGUAUGAAUCUACAUAUUAUAUAUAUGGUUUUGAAUAUUGUAAUUAAAACCCUGUAAUUUUUUUUACGAUUGCAAUAGACUAUUACCACAACCCA